AUGAAGAAUUCAGAAGAGAUCACCUCAGCGGAGCAAAGUCAAAGAGACAUUGAGGCAUUGCUUAGCAGACUUCGCCUUGACACUUACAAAAAUCAACAGAAGUUGACACUAGAACAUUUUCUUAGUCUAGGCCCACCUGUAAAACAGCACCACGAGACAUCUGAGCAGGACUUAGCUCAAACCUUCCUUCAGAGGUUGAUGAUGCUAGACCACAGAGCCAGAUACAUCCUUGUAGAACAGAACAGUGCUGAGGAGAGUCCUCCAGACAAAGUGCAAACUGCAGAUGCAGAUGAAAAUGAUUUUGAUGAUUUUUUCACUGUUCCAAACACUGAUCAAAGCAAACAAAUACAUGACAUUCAUCCAAUGGAUGUUCAGAUGGCAGUAUUUCACAGCUCAGAUAAUUUUCUCAGGCAGAACAUGGUUACCAAGUUAUCACAGUGUCAGUACGCCUUACCUCUGCUUGUGCCUGAUCCAUGCAAAAUGGAUAUUGAGUGUCCUCUGUGGACACUGAGACAAAUAAGAAAAAGCUGGAAGAGAACAGAUAACUCAAACAACAAGUCAAACAUUGUCACAAUGAGCAAUAUUCCUAUCUAUAAAGCUGAGACACCCAUGGUGUCAUUUUUCCGUCUUGGUUCUAACUCAUCAUCUAAAUCUCAGCUGAUGAACGCCUUAAUCAAUAACCGUCACAACACAUUCUUUCAUAGGAACUGCCCAGGCAACAGCAAGUCUCGCUACUUGAUGGAUGGUGUGGCAGAGAUUGCCUGGUACUGCCCUGCUGGAAAACCUAAUGAUGCUUUUAAUGACUGUAUUGCCUUCUGCAAUCUUCAUGGUGAUGCUCUAACACAUGAAAAACAGCGUGACAUACUGAUUGAAAAAGCUUCAGUCAAUGUUGUUCUACUACCAACUGUGGAAAAAGGUGGCAAAAGUUCGACAAUUAUUUCAGCUCUUCUCAAGUCUCCAAAGCCUCUCAUCUGUCUCAUUGCUGAUAAUGACAGUGCUGCAAUUCAGAAGAAACCUGGAAAAUACAUGAUGGGUCUGAAAGACAAAAGUCAGUCAGAUGUACCUGAAGAACUCAAAAAAAUCCUCAGAAAAAUGUUGUCUGCGCAAGAUGUGUCCUUCAAGCUUGAAACUAUGGCUGAUGUCCCUGGGAUCAGAGUGGAUGAAAAUGAUGGGGUGUGCUCACGAGGGAAAUCUGCUUCUUUACAGAUACUCAAAUUGCUUCACAAGAUGGAUGUUUCAAAGAUCAAAGAGACAUUUCUCCAAUGUCAAGGCCAAUUGUGGCAUGACUGGUGUAACAAAAACAAAGAACUUUAUCACCUCAGAGGACAAAUUGAGGAACAAAAAUGUCAGAAAGAGCAAGAACUGAAGCAAAUACGACAAAAACAGUAUCAGAUUCCUUCCAGUCGCCUCAUGAAGUUAUUUACUGAAAAUCUCCAGAAGCUGUCAUCAAAUGAAAAAAUGUAUUUCCUGAAGUGGACUGGAAUCUUACUGGAUGACCUAUCCACAGACGACCUCUCUGCGAUUCUCCAACAAUAUGAUAACAAGUGGUGUGAGGUCUUGGCUUUGAAGAAGAAACAUGAGAAAUCAGAUCAGUUAAAAAAUCUGCAAAUUGAGCUUGAAGAAAUAUCAACAAAACUCCAGUCAGCAACAUUUGGAUUAGAGCACAUCUUUAGGGAAAUGGGACAGCUCUAUGAAGCUGCUGCAUCUCUGGCGAAUGAAACAAAGAGAGGACAGACUAAUUGGUCCAUCUACCCUGAACUGGCUGCAGAGCUGAUGAUAUCAGGACACCCAGUGGAGCUGCUGGAUGGUGAUGCUGGUCACGUGCCAUUAACUUGGAUCAGCAGUGUUUUUGAUAUGGUCAUCAAGAAACUGGGAGACAAGCGAGUUUUUGUUUUGUCAGUUCUAGGCCUCCAAAGCAGUGGAAAAUCAACAAUGCUGAAUGCCAUGUUUGGGUUGCAGUUUGCUGUAAGUGCUGGCAGGUGCACAAGGGGUGCCUUCAUGCAGCUUGUGAAAGUUUCAGCAGAGAUUCAGAAAGACUUUAAGUUUGACUAUGUUCUAGUUGUGGACACUGAAGGACUGCGUGCUCUGGAGUUGGAAGGGAACACCAAUCUUCACCAUGACAAUGAACUUGCAACAUUUGUCAUUGGUCUUGGAAAUUUGACUUUGGUCAACAUUUUUGGAGAAAAUGCAGCUGAGAUGCAAGAUAUCCUUCAGAUUGUUGUACAGGCAUUCAUGAGGAUGAAGAAAGUCAAGCUGUCACCAAGCUGUGUGUUUGUACACCAGAAUGUUACUGAUAUUGGAGCUGGAGAGAGAAACAUGGAAGGAAGGAGGCGCUUACAAGAAAAACUGGAUAAGAUGGCCCAACUAGCUGCCAAAGAGGAGGAUUGUGACGCUGAGUGCUUCAGUGAUGUCAUUGCAUUUGAUGUACAAAAAGAUGUUAAAUACUUCGCCCAGCUGUGGGAGGGAAGUCCACCUAUGGCCCCUCCAAACCCAGAUUACAGCGAGAGCAUCCAAGAGCUGAAGAACAUCAUUCUCUCAAAAGCAUCAAAGUCUAAUGGGAUGACUCUUUUACAAUUCAAAAAUCGCAUUCUGGACCUCUGGAAUGCCUUACAGAAUGAGCACUUUGUUUUCAGUUUCAAAAACACACUUGAAAUUGCAGUGUACAGAAAACUUGAGGUUCAGUAUGGGAACUGGACUUGGAUGUUGAGGAGCGCCCUGUUGAACAUCGAAAACCAACUUCUUAACAGAAUUGAAAAUGAAAAACUUGACAAGGUUGAUCACAGUUAUCUCAUAAAGGAGAUGACCACCUCUCAUGAAGAAGUCAAAACAGCUAUGAAGACAUACUUUGAUGAAAAUGAAGACAAAGAAAUGUUGGCUCAAUGGCAAGGCCGAUUUGAAAGCAAAAUACAGGAGUUUUAUGAUGAACAAAUGAAGGGAGUUAAAAGAAAACUGGAGGAGGUUAUCCAGCAGAAGAAAGCUCGCAAAAAGCUAGAUGAUGAGAAGACAGGGUUUGAGAACAAACUGCUCCAAAAGAGCAAAGAGUUGGCUCGUGAGUUGAGAGACAAGGCCAACAAUGAGGGACUUGAACUUGAACCCGAUGUAGAAAAUCAGUUCAACAGUGUCUGGGAUGUAUGGGUCAAUGAAUUAACUGAAGGUACCGAACAGAUAAAGGAUAUUGACAUAGAAGAGGAAGAGUAUUGUGUUUUUACAGAGCUUGGUAUUGAAUUGUCUCAAAUGCAGGCACGCAAAGACUCUGGUAAAUACAAAAAGAUAUCAAGAAUUGGGAAUUAUAUUGAUUACGUGACCCUUACCAAGCAACAACAUAAUUUACCCCAAUUUUUGGCAGGCAGUGCUUUGCCUUAUGAAGAACAACGAGCGAUCCAAGAUCUCAUCAGGGAUGUUGAAAAUGUGACCAUGGGCAUAAUUAAAAGCAAAUCUGUGGCUACAAGAGGCUACAACAGGACUUACUUGCAUGAAGUAGUCAAAACAGUGAAAGAAAAACUGAAAGACUCUGAAUCAAGGAAGAAGCCUUUUGCCUUUAAGAAUGAGUUUAAAGUGGAUCUCUUACUGUAUGUUUGUGACAUUGCAGGGAAACAGCUUUUAAAGUCUCACUCCAAUUUCAGGAAUAACAAUGAUGCACUCAUGUAUUUGAAAAGCAAGAAAAAACAAUAUUAUAGCAUAUUUGUGAGCUAUUGUAAAAAUAACUCCUCUGCUGCUGUGCUUGCUGAGUUGAUCGGUGGCCUACUGGAGGCUUCCAUCGUUCAGGCUGUGUGCAACAAGACUGCCAUUGACCUGGCUGGAGAGAUGAAGUCUAGUUUCCCACCUUUCAGUGGAAACAAGGUGAACUUAGAGAAACACAUUUUACAAUCACUAGCAGAAGAAGAGGACUUUGACAAAUACGUGAAGUACAUUCAGUGCCCAAGGAAACUAGUAGAGAGUUUCAUAAAAAAGGCUGUAAAGAAAUACAUCUUCACCCAACAGGGCAAAGUAGAUAGUAUACUCAAGAAAAAUGUGACCAGCACAAUGCAGCUUUUGAGUCAAGCAGUGCACAGUGCAACAGAGAAAGUUAGAAGCCAAGGAGGAAACACUGACAUGUGGCUGGGGGAGUUUUCCAGAUUGUUAAAAGAUCAGCUCAAGUUUAAUACUAAGUCUUUGCAGAAUUUUAGUGAUAUAGACAAGUUUGACUUUCUCAAGGAGGAGCUAGACAAAGGCCUUGAAGCCGUUAGUGAGAAGAUGGGAAGCCUCUCCGUGAGCCGCAUGGAGGGAUUCAGUGUGAGGCCUGAUGAAAUUCUCAUUGACCAACUGUGCAGUUCCUGCUGGGCACAGUGUCCUUUCUGUAAGGCCAUUUGCACCAACACUCUGGAGGAUCACAGCCCUGAUGACCACUGUGUCCCUUUUCAUCGCCCUGAGGGAGUCAGUGGGAUGCACUAUAGAGGUACAGUGGAAUUUGGCAUCAGUUUCUGCACAACAUCAGUUGCAAGUGAUGAUCGUUUUUACCCUGAUCAAGAUUCAGAACAGAGCAUUCCUUUUAAACUGUACCGAACUGCAGGACCUGAAUAUGCUAACUGGAGUAUUACACCUGAUGAGUCCAAGCUGAUAUAUUGGAAGUGGUUUGUAUGUCGAUUUCAGAAGGAACUGGAGGGAUACUAUGGAUUGAAAUUCCAGGGCUUAGGAAAAAUCCCCAGCGAGUGGAAGUCUCACACCAAAGAAGAAGCUAUCAAAAGUUUGGAGAACAUGUGAAGUCUGUCCUCCCUCUUUAACUGAAACUCGAGGGUUUUCCAGAAGCAAGAGAUUCACAAAGCCUCAUUUUGCCCUCACCUCUGAGAGAUUACCGUGUCUGUGAAGGACAAAUGG